AUGUCUCAAUUUAUUGAUCAAGAAAUAAAUGGAUACAAGGUCUAAAAAGCCAUAGGCGAGGGGAAAUUCUCGACGGUGUACAAGGCGAUGAAUAAGGAGGGGAAUGUUGUUGCAUUGAAGAAGAUUAAAAUUUUUGAUAUGAUGGAUCCAAAACAAAGGGAGAAAUGCUUAAAAGAGGUGAAACUAAUGCAGCCUUUGGAUCAUCCUAACAUUAUAAAAUACUUGGACUCAUUCAUUUACAACAACGAAUUGAUUAUAGCUACAGAGUGGGCAGAGAGGGGAGAUUUGAAAAAACUAAUUAAAAAUGCUUAAUCUGAUGACACUCCAUUUGAGGAAGUGCAAUUAUGGAAUUACAUAAUGCAAAUAGCAAGUGCAUUGGACCAUAUGCAUGAAAAGAGGAUAAUGCACAGAGAUUUGAAACCAGCCAAUAUAUUUAUAGGAGGAGAUGGCUCAUUGAAAGUUGGAGAUUUGGGUUUGGGUCGCAUAUUUUCAUCGGAGACUAUAGAGGCUUACUCUAAAGUUGGAACACCAUUAUAUAUGUCACCUGAGCUCCUUCAUGGCGAAGGGUAUGAUAUGAAAUCAGAUAUCUGGUCAUUGGGAUGCAUCGCAUAUGAGAUGGCAGAGUUCAAGAGUCCCUUCAAAUAAAGCGAGAAGAUGUCUCUCAUGGAUUUAUUUAAUAAUAUCACCAAAGGGGAAUUUAAACCAGUCUCGAAUCGAUAUAGCCAAUAAUUAAGGGAUGUCAUAGAAGGCAUGAUUGUAGUCGAUCCGUAAAAAAGACUUGAUGCAAGCACCGUUUUAUAGAAAUCAAAAGAAAUUCACAAUACUUUUCUUGACACUAAGAAGACUCCAUAGAUAAUUAAUGUUUUGAUGAUGGAAGACAUCUAUGAAAAGUUGUCAUUGGUUCAAUAUCAUGAAUAUUUCUGUAUUCCUUUGAAGAAGAAACCAGUUUCAAAAUAUUAUUUUUCUUUAGAUGAAAAUGUAAAUCAAAAUCAAAGGUUCUAUUACUUCGUUGAGUUAUGCUACUGGUUAAUGAGUUUGCCUAAACAGAAAAAGAAUAAAAUGGCACAACCAAUCAAACUUAAUUAUCAUAAUGUUGAAGAAACUGCCAGAAAAUUGCUUAUUGAUAUCAAAGCAUGGGGUAUAAAAUUGCCAGAGUAAUUGGGAUCUCCUCAUAUUUCAUAAGGAUGUGGAGAUAUGGUUUGCUUCAUUUUAAAUGAUUUACUCAAUAGAGAAUUAAUUAGAAUAAAUUUUAAAUUUGAAUCCCCCAAUUUUGGUAAAGAUUUGGAAAGCUCUGUGAUUUAGGUUAAUAAAAUAGAUAAUGAAGAUCUUGUUGAGAUUUAAGAGGAAGAGAAUGAAAAUGAAGAAGUUGAAUAAGAUGAGUUAACUCAGAGUAUACUAUUUUAUCAUAAGAAAUAUAAUAAUGAAUCAACUGAUUACAAUCAAGUUCCUUAAGAUAGAUAAGUGAUUGAAACCAAAGUUGCAAUGAAUGAAUGGACUAAAGAGUUUAAUAGGGUUGAGAAGGAGUUCUCUAAAUUUGAGGCUAAUCUUAAGGUUAAUAAACAAUAUCUAAAAGAUUAUGAGAGAACAAUAAUCACAAUUUCCAAAUGUUCUAAAUAAUUAUCUAUACUCUCUGAACACUUGAAGUCGAGCGAAGUUUAGGAAAUAUAAUAAUAAUGGAUUAAUUAUCUAGAGUUGUUACCCAAAUUAGAAACUAAUGUUACUCAGUAAAUUCCUGAAAACGUUUAAAUUACUUUAAAAGAGAACAGGAAUACGAUAUCUAAUUUACAAUUUCAAAUUUCUCAAUUGAAUAAAGGAAACAGUGAGAAAUAGGAGAUUGAUCAACAAUUAAAUUAAUAGUUAUUGGAUGUAAAAGAAAGAACACCGGUUUUGGCUGAUAAUAGAUCUAAACAAAAAUAAUUAAUCAAUUAAUUGAGAAAUGACAUAAGAGAUAUGGACAUUAAAAUAGGAAUCAUGUAAACUCAAAUAUCAAAAUAGUAUUUUCAUACUUAUGAUGUGCUAUCUGAUGAUGAAUUCUGA